GGAGGAAGAGGAGGAGGAGGGGGAGGAGGAGGAGGUCUGGGAGCGAGGCUGCUGGAUGUGGAGCUGUGGAACGCCGCGGAGGAGGAGGACCGUGCAUGGGCUUCUCUGCUGCUUUUCUCCGGACUGUUGGACUAGUUUGGCUCCGGCGCUGCUGUGGAAUAUUGGCAGAUAUUCAGGAGUGACCUCUGAGACGCACAUUUUCCACUAUGAACCGCGCCUUCAACAGGAAAAAAGAUAAAUCAUGGAUGCACACCCCGGAGGCUCUGGCCAAGCACUACAUAGCCUACAAUGCUAAGUUCCUCGGAAACACCGAGGUCGAAGCCCCCAAAGGCACAGAAGUGGUGAAGGAUGCCGUCAGAAAGCUGAAGUUUCAGAGGCAUAUCAAGAAGUCAGAGGGACAGAAGAUCCCUAAAGUGGAACUGCAGAUCUCCAUCUACGGCGUGAAGAUACUAGAGCCCAAAACAAAAGACGUGCAGCACAACUGUCAGUUACACAGGAUAUCGUUCUGUGCAGACGACAAGACCGAUAAAAGGAUAUUUACUUUUAUCUGCAAAGACUCUGAGUCCAACAAACACCUGUGUUAUGUGUUUGAUAGUGAAAAAUGUGCGGAGGAGAUAACUCUCACCAUCGGACAGGCCUUUGACUUGGCCUACAAGAAGUUCCUGGAGUCUGGAGGCAAAGACGUGGAAACCAGGAAACAGAUUGGAAGCCUGCAGAAAAGAAUUCAGGAACUGGAAACAGAAAACUCUGAGCUAAAGAAACAGCUUCAAGACCUUGAAGAACAGCUGAUGAUAGCUCAUGUGCCGCCACCUCUGCACAUAAACGCAGCUAAUGAAGCGUACAUGCUGCAGAGGCCCUCCUCCCUCUUCUGGUGUCACAGCAUCAAGUCGCUGUCCUGUCUGGAAAUCUCCUCGGUCACGCUCACUCCUAUGAGCUCGCCGGAGUCCAACUUCUCUGCCGGGCUACUAACUCCUCCGCCUGCCAAGCCUGCCCUCCUUCCUGCUAAGCCUACCGAGGGAUGCAGCAUCCCGCGGCCUCGCGCAGGGAGCGUCUCCAUGAAGCCACAGUCCACAGACGUCUUUGACAUGGUUCCCUUCUCCCCCGUGACACCCCUGGUACCCCUGCUGUCCAGCAAUGGCUGCCCGCCGCCUCCUCCGACCACAUUGCCACCGGAUAUAAGGAAAGACUUGUUUGGUGCUGAGCCAUUUGAUCCAUUCACCUGUGGAGCAGCUGACUUCCCUCCGGACAUUCAGUCAAAGCUGGAUGAGAUGCAGCGUCAGAGAUGGAGGGGUUCAAAAUGGGACUAACCUUAGAGGGCACCGUCUUCUCCCUGGAUCCGCUGGACAGUCGCUGCUGAUGCCGGCGGACGAGGCUCUUUGAGACGCGCUUUGAACUCGUUUGUAUGAAGAAGUGCCAAAAUCCGCUCCACAGUCCAGUCAAGAUGUCACCGUUUUCAUCUUGAGGUUUAUAUGCAUUUGCAUUUAGAUUGGUUUUCGAUAUUUCAAGGUAAAGUCAGAUCCAUUAUAGAAAAGAACUAUUUUUGUAAAAAAGAAAUGAAAAAUAAAAACACUUGAGGAAGGAGUUGUUUUGGGUACCUUUGCUUGCACAGGCAGUGAGAGCUGUAAAUACGUAGUCGAAUAUGUCCGAUGGUACACUCUGUGGCAGAAUUUAAAUAUGUGUGUAUGCUCUGUUUGAAUUCUGUGUUGUCGACACAUUCCUGUUUGUACACCAAACACAAGCUGGCAAGAAAAAGAAGUAACACAAACUGCCAGCUUGGCCCUAACAUCACACACAGUAUAUUAUUUUACUCAACAUUAAGUCACUUUUUUUUUAAACGUACUAUUAAUCCAGCCUAAUGUUUUCUUUUUUAGUUUUUUGCUUUACUGACCAUUCCACUAUUUUUAUUCUGUUCGGAUUAUUUUGCAUUUCACAAGUUGCCAUUUCAGUAUUUACCUUUAUUUUUCCCCUCUUUUUUUUUUUUUUUUUUACCAUGUCGUCGUUUUAAUCUCGUCCGCUCCUUCAUCUUCACCUUUCUCUGUCCAUGCAGUAAUAUUCCUAUUAUUUUGUUCCAUUGACUUUGCUGUUACAGUUAUUAAAGAAAACCCUACUCCAAAGCUGCUACUCACUGAUUCUUUUAUUCAUUUGUUUUUCAAAUAUUUUUUAACUCUAUCUUGAGCACAGAUGUCAAACAUACAGCCCACGGGCCAUAAGACAUUAUGUAAGACAUUAACUGCGAUUUUUCUAUUAAAAGUAACUUCUAUUCCAAGGUUUCACACAGUUUUACUGAGAGUUGCGUAACGUAACACAACACAGACCUAGAACUGCACUUUUACAACAAUUGCACUGAUGUUUCUUAAGAAAUAUCCAGUUGUUCAUUAAAUUUAAACAUUUUCAUAAUAUUCUUCUUUGCACGAAAACAACAGGAAACUUUUGAGGUUGUCAUUAUUUAUAGGAUGGUACGCUGUUGUGUUACUGGUCCAGACAAUAGACUGUAUAUAAAUAUGGACACUAUGUCUCCACUUCCUCUCAUGGGUCCAAACUAUUUUUCUUUGGAUACGGGCGGCGCCAUCUUGCGACUUUAGAGACAGAGUCCUAUCAGUAAAGCCUGAGGGCGGAGCCACAAUAUCAAUGCCCCGCCCACACUUCCUCCAGACUCACAUGUUUUUUUUUUUGUUUCUUUCUCUUACGGGACCACGGGCUGGUUGGCAUGGCAACUGGUAGUCGCUAUUAUGUCACAUACUAAACUUAUCCGUACAAUUGACACUUGAACAUACAUCAACAUUAUAUUAACUACCUAAAAUGACACAAACCAUCCUUGUAUUUUAGUGUUUUAGUCCCAGGGUGGAGCUCAUGACUCCAGCCACCAGGGGGAGCUCUGCUUGCUUUGGCUUCACUUUUGAGGAGCUGUUCAGUUUGAAAUGUCCCAACAAUAAUUUGAUGGAUACCACUGAAAUUUGGUACAAACAAAUGCUGUUAACUAGGCUAGUUAGCUGGUGUCUUCUUGUUGGUUGCUAGUUGGUAGCUAGCUGGUAGCUAACUGCUAGCCUGCUGGUCAGUUGGACUGGGCUUCUAAAUGUGUUUUGAUAACGAAUGUUUUAGUUUAUAUGUCAGCGUAGUUCAUGGUCUGCUGUCAAAGAUUUAAUCAUGAAAUGGACGGUUGGAUGUUACAUUGUUUUUUGUUCCAGUAAAACACAAACAUACAUUCAUCAGAAUUAGUGAAGCUUCUCUAAACUGUGCAUUGUGUGUGUGUGUUGUGCUUAUUGGUUAAUGUUGGCAUCACCUACCGCAUUUAAAAUCCUUUUGUUCCCAACUACAUGUUGUUGGCAUGUGUCUGCAGUCUCUCAUUUACUGGUAGCCUCAAAAAAAGAAGCUGUCUCUGCCGUUGUCCUCAUUCUUCCACCAGAGCUGUGCUCUGAAACAGAUUCCUUUCAUCUGUUCCUUCACCCCGAGAUUUGACGUGCCCUCGAGGCCCAAAUAAAUCUGCUACGUUAUGGAACCAAAUGAGCUCUUCUCAAACAAGAACAGGCAGAGAAGUAUUUUCAAUAUUUAUUUUUUGAAAGGUUGAAACACAUCUGCUUCCAGUGUGGAAACCCCUUCUCCUGUCAUCCUCGUCUUCGCCUCCCUCAGGGGCGUCUCACAGGCUGUCGAGCCUCGCGAAACGUUACAGAUCCAUAAUAAAUAUACUCAAAUUACAACCAAAAGGUCACAAUAGAACUACUUCAAGGCACAGUCAUGAGAAUUUAAAAUGACCAGCUUACAUGAGGACCAACUGUGAAACUAUGUCAAGUAAAUAUUUUAUGUUUUUACAACAAGAAAAAAUGAGUUUGUGUGCAAAAAAAAAUAAUAAUUAAAAAAUUCAAAAAUAA